AUGGUUAAUAGCGUCCACGAGCAUUUGAUUAAUAUACUUCCUGAUGAGGAGGACGACGGGUGGGAGGAGAUGGCGGCGGACACGGAGGACUCGGCGCAGGAGGAAGGGGGUCGUGACAGUGCAGCACGCGGGUGGGAUGAAAAGGCGCGCGCGGUGGGUGAAAGCGCGAAGGAGCGGCAGCUGGCGCGGCUGCUGCCAGUGCUGUUCCUGGUGUCGUCGCCUCUCAUGCCCACUGCUGCUGCGCGACCGACGGGUGAGUCAUGGAAGCCGCUGCAGUAUUCAUUUCUAGGAUCGACGGGUCUUUCUCUCUUGCUACACCACAUGCGCACCGGGCUGUUUGGAGUGGAUCUCGCCGCGCUCUCCAUCCCCCUGGACGCCACGUCAGAAUAUUCCACGUCAGCAAAAGGGGCGGCUGCAGCGCGUCCGCACCUGUUCUUCGCAAAGAAGCUCUACCUCCCGCUACACCCGGACUCUCUCUGUGGAUUCGCCGCUUCCCCCCUCCCCCGUUCCCCUGACCCGCUCUGGCUCACCCUCCGCGCGCACCACUUCCUCCCCCCCAACAGCCUGCCAAUCCUCAACCCGAAAUGGGUGCUUCGCCUGCCGAGCCAGCCUCUGAACCUGCAGGCUUGGGCAGACAUGGUCGUUGGGGAGGCUUUGCGUCCGGAUUGGGUGGUGGUGGUGUCGCUGGUUUGGAGUGCGCAUGGGGGGAGAGAAGGUCAGGGGGUGGCUGAGGGGGAGGAUAUCGGAUUCGAGGACGGGGCGCUUUUGAAAGGAGGAGCAGGCAGAAAGGAGGGCGCGGAAGGUGAUUAUAAGGAGGCGGCUGACGAGAUGAACCGUGUGAUUGUAAUGAUGCGGGAGCUCUUCGACGAGGCGCGAGUGGUGGUAUACCACGAACACGUGCCGCUACUGCAAGCUAAGGAGCUCUUCUCCCGCGCAAUUUUGUUCGUCGGCCCGACGUCGCCCGCGCUUGCGAAUCUCAUCUUCAUGCCGUUCAACUCCACGCUCAUCGAGAUCCUCCCUCGCACCGUCGCCAUGACCGCUUCCAUCCCUAUCGCCGGCCAUCCGCGGGUUGCCAAGUGGCACUUCCACUCGCGUCCCGCCUCGGCAUCCAUCAUUUCCUUUCAGCCUGCGAUCCAAGUAAGGUGA